AUGGCUGUCCAGCAUAAACAAGACCCAAUUGUCUUGGUCAUAGAUUUCCACCAUGCACGCGGCCCCGAGAUUGAGCAUUGCAUUGCCGAUGAAGGAACCGAUCCAGCAACAGAGAAUGACUGGUCUCUGCUCCCAUUUAUGGCCCUGUCUGAUGGCGCACAUCUGUCAACCGAGGAAUUCUCAUACUUCACACUCUGCCGAAAGGAGACAUCCACUACACCUGCAACCUCCCUCUUCGGCAUCGCCUGCUCCCGCCAGAUCGAUUCAACCCUACUCAUCAACCGCUCGGCCGAUGUGACUCGAUCAACGGUACAAAAGGCUGUUGUGGUCGUGACGGAUACUCCGCAGCGAGUAGGUCAAUUGCGUGAGAAGCUCUCCGUGGUGACUUCCGCAUGGUUUGCUCAACGUGACUUCUCGGACAUUGAUAUCUUGAAGAAAUUCCGUGAGGGCUUGGUGAUUGCUCUAUUGAAUGAUGGCCCAAAAGACCAAAAUUUAGGUAAGGAUAUCAUCUACUCCGAUGCGUGUGAAAAUUUGCUGAUUUACGAAGGCCUUUCGCUUCGGGAAAUGAUUCACGAAUUCAAAUUCCAGACUUUAGUCCUUUUCAAGGCACUCCUGUUGCAACCCAAGAUGCUUUUCUUUGGGACGCGCUGUGAACGCCUGUGCAUGAUUCAGUUCUCGCUUAUAUCUUUAAUACCCGGCCUCCUAAACAACUUGCAGGACUGUGCGGAUCCUGCUUUUGACACCUAUUCUCAGACCGUUGAGAAACCAACGUCUCUCAAGACGAGUGACAGAAGUUCCUUGCUGGCAUACAUGGGACUUCCAUUGCAGAUUUUUGGAAAGGGAAGCAUGUUUGGCCCUUAUACACCUCUCCAGCUGCUGGAUCUGCUGGCGGAUGAUGGCACAAAAUCAUAUGUGGUUGGCUCAACAAACUCGCUACUUCUUCAGCAAAAGGACCGCUACAGUGAUAUUUUAAUUAACCUCGACGAAGACAGUAUCGUCAUUAAUUCUCCUUCCCUCCGCAGUGCCCUGGUCCUCUCAGCGGCCGAUAGGCGCUGGAUUGACUUGCUUACACAAAUUGUUAAUGACACUUGGGAUGAGGAACAUCCUUCGCAACCCAAGACCCUUGGCUUCAUGGGAUCAGAGGAAUUCAUUCGACUACAGUUUGAGGAAUAUUUGCUGGCGCUAUUAUCCUCCAUGAAAUACCACGAGGAGCUCUACCCAUGCGAUGCCGGAGAAUCGGGACAUCUUAGCAGAACCCAGCUGCAAAACUUGAACAUUGAAGGAGACCCUGCUAGCGACUUCAAUACGGAAUUUCUGGCCCAGUGGAAAACCACAUCUAAUUACGCCCUUUUCUCGCGUCUCACCUCGGAUGCGCUCCUAUUUUCCAUCACUGAGCCACGACACCCCAACGCCGGCGGUCUGACGAUGGAAGAUGUCCAAAGACGACUCGCACAACAGGUAGCAGACCUGCACCUUGAUGAGCGUGUCCGCGAAGGGCGCGAGGCCCUGAAUCGCCAUAUCUCCACUGGUCAAAAGAAAGUGAGCGCGGCAUUCACUAGCUUCUGGUCGGACAUUGAGACAAUGCGCGAAGCACAACGCAAGCGCAAUGAAGAGAAAGCAGCCUCUCAGUCCCAAUCUCAGCGCGCCUCUAUGGACAAAGAAAGCCCUAUAUCACCGACCCCCUCCUCACAGGACCCCGCCGAUGCCUCCUGGUUCGCAGGCCGACAAAGGCCAUCCGUCGACAUAGCACAGGCCCAGGCUUCCGUGGCCGUAGCCAGCCAAAAGGCCGGCUCCUAUCUCAGCUCGUGGGGCACCUGGGCGAGCGAAAAACGUCGCGAAUGGCAAGACAAGCGUGUCACAUCCCCAGGCCCGAAUCCGACUGCCACACCCAGUGCCGGCAUGACUUCCCCAUCAACUCCCGUCUUAUCUGUCGUUACCGAAUCGACCGAGUUGGACCGCGGCCGUCGUCGUUCCAUCCAGCAUAAUAGCGAAGGCAACAAUAGCUCCGAGGGUGGUCUUACUCGCAGCGUCAGCCGAAGAAAGAGAUGGAGCAAUAUUCUUCUUAGACGCGACAGCGGCGAGUUCCAACGUUCCGAUGAUGUCUCCACUUCCGAUUCUGUCGAAACUUCCUUCCCCAAGUCUCCUCUAUCACAGGGAUCCCCGGCUUAUGCGAAUGAUGCGGAUCACAAGCAGACACAGGACCACCCUGUUCACGAUGGAAAGACUGCUGCCCAGGAUACCGUUGAUGCGGAUGGGUUUUCUUCUGUGGCUCUCACCCCGAAUGAAAGCCCGGGGCAGACUUUGAAAACCGAGGAGAAUGUUUCCCAAAGCCAGAAGGAAAACACACCUCCCAGCGGCAGUGUGGUAGAUACACAGCCGAAGGACUUGGCAGCAGCACUCCCUGCCAAAGAAGAGACGCAUCCAUCCUAG